CUCUUCCCUCGCGCCGUCGCCGGCAAGGGCUUCCUCUCGGUGCCCGUCGGCACGGUCAACAAGCCCAAGAAGGACAAGGCGAAGCGACAAGACGGCACGAUUCUACAACAAUUGGAAAAUAAAGAGUUCUUCUACGCGGCCGAAAUCGAAUUCGGCACGCCGCCACAGCCCGUCGUCGUGCUCGUCGACACGGGCUCCAAUGAGCUCUGGGUCAACCCCGACUGCAACACGGCGCCGUCGCUGGAGCAGGAGGCGCAAUGCAAGUCCUUUGGCGAGUACAACCCCGACAAGUCUAGCACGCCGCCCAUCGGGCCCUUCGGCAAGGAGACGAUCAACUACGGCGACGCCUCGGACCCGACGACGCAUACAUCGGCGACUAUCCGCUACUACACCGAGACGCUGGGCUUCGGCGGUUCCAACAUCACAAACCAGACGUUCGGCAUCGUCGAGACGUGGAAUGGCAUCUCGCAGGGCAUCCUGGGUCUCUCUCCCGACCUGCGCGGCGGCUUCGACAGCGACAAGCCCUACAGCCUGGUGCUCACGUCCAUGGCCGACCAGGGCGUCAUCAACAGCCGCGCAUUCGCCCUCGACCUGCGCCACUCCGAGGCCGAGACGGGCGCCGUCAUCUACGGCGGCCUGGACCGCAACAAGUUGAUCGGCGAGCUGGAGAAGACUCCAUCCAGUUUGGGGCUAAAA